GUAUAGAUUUGUUAGUUUACCAGCCUUCACUUUCAGGAAGGGUUGCCUAGGAACACUUUUCCCAUGAGCCUAAUUAAUUUUAACUGUGUCAUAUUUACUGUCUGGCCAACUUUGUCUCUCACCAAAAAUCAGUCCAAUUCAUGGGGAAGAAACAAAUAUUUUAUGCUUCCCAAUUAGUAACUAAAAAUGGUAAAAUGCAAUAAUAAACCAAAUAAGAAUAUAACUUCUAAAGGCAGCAUUUUACAAUACAAUUGGAUUUUUUUCUAAAUACAAGACAGUGCUAUUCCAAUUUUUUUAUAAUGUUUCCUACAUACUUGCAUGUUUUUCAUCCCCUUGUGAGUGAUGGACAGAGCUUGACCCAGCACCACACAAGCCUUUAACUUUGGCUGUGGCAGGAGCAGGUGAUGAGGCAAGGGCGGCCCGGGCUGCUCAGGCAGACAAAACACAGAUGUGUCCCCAGCAGGACCGGCUGAGGUGUGUGCUGGGCACCCCAGACCUCGGCCGCCUUCCUCGUCCUGAAAGCGGGAUGUCAUUGAGGGCUUGCAAAGCAAGGCUCUGGACUGAAAUUGAGCAAAAAUAGGUGAAUUCAGUUGUGAAUGGACAUGUGAAUUGCAUUGUUGGCAGUUAGUACGAUCAUACUAGGAAAAUGCAUUACAUGGACAGUCUGACAGUCUCCGUCAGUUAGUUCCUGUUGGCAUGGAAGGUUUUAAGGGUGAAAUCAGAAGAGCAUUUGUUAUCACAUCAUGGAUAAAUUAUAAAUGAAAGUACAUUAUUCUACAUUUAUAUUGAAUAGCCCUAACAGUACAAUACUGUUGUCACAUUGGAGGCUUAACUUUUUUAGCUUAGGUUUAUAAUUUAGCCUGCAGGUCUUCCACAGGCACCCCUUUCUUGCCGGAACAGCAGUCUGUGCAGAGCGUGGUGCGAUGCACCCGCAGCUGCGGGUCUCCUGCCAAGUGCAGCUGCAGCCUUGGUCCCGUUAAUGGUCACCUCGCUCAGUUCGUUCUUGUAGGGAAACAAUUGCCAAAGAGUAUUGUCUUUUUUUUUAAAUUCCGUUUGCAAGCUUUCGCGGUUUCUGGGGGAGGCCGUACCUCCUGCUCCCCCACAGCCGGCUGCUGACACACACACACCGUGUGUGCGCGCCGACUCAUCGGUUCUGAAUACGUGAGGUUGCCAACGCGGCUCCGAAGCCGCGCCAGAGCUCCCCCCUCCCCGCUCCGCGGUAGCCCAGCCGGCCGGGCCCGGCGUGGCCAAGGCCGCCCCUGGGCCGCGCUCCCCGGUCGCUAUGGCGACGGGCGCGUCCAAGCCGCGAGGGGGCGCUGUGAGCCGCGCCCGGCCGCGACCAUCGCGGCGCUGCGCGCGGGGGUGAAACUGAAAGUGAAGGGCUCGGGCCGCGGCGAGGCGGGACCGCUCUGCGCCCGGCCUGCGGCCUGCCCCGACGCCGGCCACCUCCCAUGAGCGCUUGAGCCGCCCCGGCCUGAGCAUGUCGGAGAGUUUCGACCGAGCUCCGGGUGCCGGCCGAGGCCAGGGCCGAGGAGGAGCCGCUCCCCUCAGCGGCAUGGGCGCGCCGGAGUGGAGCGGCGGGGCCCGUCCCGGGAGCAGCGGUUCCCACAGUUCAGGCUCGUCCGAGGAGCAGCAGCACCAAACGGGCGGCCUCUUCCCGCAGCAGGAACCAUUGCGGCCUCCGAAGACGGCGCCGCUGGGCACCGGAAUCACAGAACACCUGCAGCAGACGGGAAUUCCAUCUGGAUCACAAGACAAAGUUUCAGUUCCUGAUUCUGGACCAGAAAUGGCUGAACCUCCUGCGGUAACGUCAAAGCUGUCUGUUAAAGCACCUGAGUUUUAUCCAUCAGGAUACAACCAGAACUUCAAUCAGAACUUCACGGAUUCUUCCUAUGAAGAUAGAUAUGACGGCUAUCUGACUUUGGCAGAAUAUGUACAAGACUUCCUAAAUCACCUCACCGAGCAACCUGGUUGUUUUGAAACUGAAAUAGAGCAGUUUGCCGAAACACUGAAUGGCUGUGUCACUGCAGAUGAAGCUUUACAAGAACUUGUUGAACUCAUCUAUCAGCAGGCCACAUCUGUCCCAAAUUUUUCCUACAUAGGAGCACGGUUGUGUAACUAUCUAUCUCACCACCUAACCAUUAGUCCACAAACUGGGAACUUCCGACAGUUGUUACUUCAAAGGUGUCGAACAGAGUAUGAAAACAGAGAUGAAGCCACCAAAGGAGAUGAGACUACUCGAAAACAAUUUCAUGCCUUUGUACUGUUCUUAGCUGAGCUUUACCUUAACCUAGAGAUUAAAGGAACAAAGGGACAGGUAACGCGAGCAGAAAUUCUUCAAGAAGGCCUUCGGGAAUUACUAAAUGCGCUUUUCUCUAAUCCUGUGGACAGUAAUUUGAUAUGUGCAGUGAAACUGCUGAAGUUGACAGGCUCAGUUUUAGAAGAUGCCUGGAAAGAAAAAGGAAGGAAUGAUAUGGAGGAAGUGAUACAGAGAAUUGAAAAUGUUGUGUUGGAUGCAAACUGUAGCAGAGAUGUGAAACACAUGCUUCUUAAACUAGUAGAACUGCGAUCAAGUAACUGGGGUAGAGUUCAUGGAAGUUCUCCACAUACUGAAGCUACCCCUGAAAAUGACCCAAACUAUUUUAUGAAUGAGCCAACGUUUUACACUUCUGAUGGUGUUCCUUUCACUGCAGCAGAUCCAGAUUACCAAGAAAAAUACCAAGAGCUGCUUGAAAGAGAGGAUUUGUUUCCAGAUUAUGAAGAAAAUGGAACAGAUCUACCUGGAUCUGGAGAUCCGUAUUUUGAUGACAUUGAUGACGAGAUGGAUCCAGAAAUUGAAGAAGCAUAUGAAAAAUUCUGUCUAGAAUCAGAACAUAAGAGAGAACAGUGAGAUGUUACACAUUAAUGUUAGUUUAUUAAGCCAGUUCAGAUAAGGUUAGAAUACAGGGGGAUACAAAACAUUUGUACCAAAAUAAGGAACUUGAGUUUCUCCAAGUACUAAAGUUAUACAAUUUCCAUUUUGUUUAACACAAUCUGCCAAAAAUUGUAAACUUAUGCCCUGUAACUUAAAAUGUUGUGUAUAUAUCAUAGUUUAUUUUAUGUACAGGUAAAUGAACAGUGUUUUGGCUGCAAUAAAAAUGACUUUGAAAU